AUCCUUCUUUUUCCCCCAGAUGGCCCAGAUAUUGCCACAAUUGACCAUAUAAGUGAUCAGUUCGCAACGGGGAUAAAUGUUACCUUGAGCUGUGUUGCUGAUUCUAACCCACCAGCACAAUUCACUUGGUUACAGAAUGGACAAUCUGUCAGCAACUCAGCCUCAUUUUCUAUUAUUACAUCCCUGAAUCAUAUCGGAAACUAUACCUGUAUUGCAACUAACUCAUUUACUGGCUUGACGCGCACUGCAAACAAGACUCUUAUGAUCUAUGCGCCACUGUCCAAACCUACCAUUCUCACCUCCAACAAUACUGCAGUGGAGACCAAGGACUUCUCAAUGACAUGCAAUGCUACGGGUCAAAUUCACACUUACCUGUGGUUCUUAAAUGGACUUGCCCCAGGUGGAAACAGGAUACAGCUGUCGCCAGAUAGGAGGACACUCACUCUCAGCAGUCUCACAAGAUUCGAUAACAAAGGGCCCUAUGUGUGUGAAAUCGAGAACCCAUUGUUUCGGAAUAGGAGUGAUCCAUUCCCACUGAAUGUUACCUAUGGCCCAGAUAUCGCCACAAUUGUACAUUCAGCUGAUGAGUACCCUCCUGGGGCAAAUAUUACCUUGAGCUGUGUUGCUGAUUCUAACCCAGCAGCACAAUUCACUUGGUUUCACAAUGGACAACCAGUCAGCAACUCAGCCACAUUUUCUAUUAUUGCAUCCCUGAGUGAUGCUGGCAAUUAUACCUGUACUGCAUAUAACUCAUUCACUGGUUUGACGCGUACUGCAACCAAGAAUAUUAUAAUCUAUGGUGAGUAUCUGGAUUGGGCCCCCAACUUUGUGUGGGGCUCUCUCUUUCCCUGGCAUGACAGAAAUAGAUAAAAGUGACACUCUCCCCACCCCCCCUGGUUCCAUGGCACAGUGCAUUGUGGUAGAAAGAGCCCUGAGCUCAGAAUCAUAAAAUUUGGAUAGAAUCCUUCUUUUCUGUCUACUCUCUGUGUAGUAAAUGACUCCUCCUUUUGAGGCCUCAGUUUCUUUAUCUGGAAAAAUGAAUUACAUUUUCUCUGUAUAUAAUAGCAUUCUAUGAGUAAAGGUCCUUUUUAUAUGGUAGGUAUAAAAAGCAUGUGAGUUGUCUUCAUCAUCCUUGUUAUUGAUAUUGUAUUAUUCUCUUCUGUCCUAGUGAUAUACAACCUUCUUCAUCUCCCAAAUUCUAGGACCGCAGGUUCAAUGUC